AUGUCUCAAGUUGUGGCCACACGAUCCAUUCAAACCACCCUCCCCAGUUCUGGAUCUACACAUGACAGAGCUCAGAAGCUGUUAAAGCCCUCAACUUUUGCUUCCAAAGUGUUCCAACCAAAAGGGAACAAGUCUUCUAAAUUGGUCUUCAGAAGCUCUCGUAUCAGUGCAAGGAAAUCAGCCUCUGUUGAAGUUGUACCUGUGUCACCUGAAGAUGAUCCAAAGAUUGAGGAGCAUUUGCAGCGUUUGCGUGGGGUACAGCCAUUGGGUGACACUUCUAAUGGAAUAUGGUCGAAGCCGACGGUUAAGCGUAAGACAAAGAUAGUAUGUACUAUUGGACCUUCUACCGAUACUAAGGAAAUGAUUUGGAAGUUGGCUGAGGCUGGUAUGAAUGUUGCUCGCCUAAAUAUGUCUCACGGUGAUCAUGCUUCUCAUCAGAAAGUUAUUGACCUGGUUAAAGAAUAUAAUGCUCAAUCUAAGGACAAUGUUAUUGCAAUUAUGCUCGACACCAAGGGCCCAGAGGUUAGGAGUGGGGAUUUGCCACAACCAAUCAAUUUGGCAACUGGGCAGGAAUUCACUUUUACUAUUCAGAGAGGUGUUGGAACUGCAGAUUGUGUCAGUGUGAACUACGAUGAUUUUGUCAAUGAUGUAGCAGAGGGGGACAUGAUUCUUGUUGAUGGCGGUAUGAUGUCGUUGAUGGUUAAGUCAAAGACAGAGACUUUAGUGAAAUGUGAAGUUGUUGAUGGAGGAGAGCUUAAGUCAAGGAGACAUUUGAAUGUUCGAGGAAAAAGUGCAACACUGCCUUCAAUAACGGAAAAGGAUUGGGAUGAUAUAAAAUUCGGAGUGGAUAACAAAGUUGAUUUCUAUGCUGUUUCUUUUGUUAAGGAUGCCGAAGUCGUUCAUGAAUUGAAGAAUUAUUUGAAGAGUUGUGAUGCUGAUAUACAUGUCAUCGUAAAAAUUGAAAGUGCGGAUUCUAUACCGAAUUUGAAUUCAAUUAUCACUGCAUCCGAUGGGGCUAUGGUUGCCAGAGGAGAUCUUGGCGCUGAGCUUCCUAUUGAAGAGGUUCCUCUUUUACAGGAAGAGAUAAUCAACUUGUGCCGAAGCAUGGGAAAGGCUGUGAUUGUUGCAACGAAUAUGCUUGAAAGCAUGAUUGUUCAUCCAACUCCAACUAGAGCUGAGGUAUCAGAUAUAGCUAUCGCUGUUCGAGAAGGCUCUGAUGGAAUAAUGCUCUCUGGAGAAACUGCUCACGGAAAGUUCCCACUAAAAGCUGUGAAAGUGAUGCACACGGUAGCGUUACGGACAGAAGCCACUAUAGAAGGUGGCCAAAUGCCACCUAACAUCGGCCAAGUGUUCAAGAAUCACAUGAGUGAGAUGUUUGCAUACCAUGCAACCAUUAUGUCUAACACACUUGGAACCUCUACCGUCGUCUUCACUCGAACGGGUUUCAUGGCUAUCCUACUCAGCCACUAUCGUCCUUCUGGCACAAUAUUUGCUUUCACAGACGAGAAGAGGGUUCAACAACGACUGGCUUUGUAUCAAGGAGUUUGCCCUGUAUACAUGGAGUUCAGCGACGAUUCCGAAGAAACAUUCAGAAGAGCCUUGGAUUUUCUACAGAAGCAAGGAAUGGUUAAGUUAGGAGAAGAAGUUGCACUUGUACAAAGUGGUAGACAACCCAUAUGGAGAUUCCAAUCCACUCACAAUAUUCAAGUCAGGAAAGUUGAAUGA